AUGAAAUUAGGUUUCGGCUUUUGUUCUUCAAAUCCUUAUGACCCUCGUGCUUAGUAAGAAUUGGUGCUACAUAUUUCUAAUCAAGUUUAAAAGGGAAAUGAUUUUACAAUAAAAAUGUAUAGUUGGAUGAAGAUUUCAAUAUUGAAACAGAAAAUCCACAAAACAACGAAAUUGGAUCUAGCAGAUUUUAGAAUUCUUUAUAAAAAUCAAGAACUCUCUCUAAAUAAUGAAGAUCUAGAAGAUUAUGGAAUCAAAAAUCAUGUCACUCUAAAAUUGAUGGCUAGAAAAUAGGCAUAAUAGUUGUAUUUUAUCAACAGCAUUCACAACAUAUUGGAAGAAUCCAAGAAAACAUAAGAGUCAUUUUAAAAUGCCAAAUGGGCAGUAGAAGGAGCAUUCAUGAAAGGAAUUACACCUAAAUUAACUGAUUUUGGCACGCAAGGCACUUAUAUUUUGGAGGAUCUAAAUCAUAAACCUGUGGCUAUUUUUAAGCCCUACGAUGAAGAAGCAUUUGCUCCCAAUAAUCCAAGAGGAAUGAGAGCCAAAAUGAAUUCACCAGGACUUAGACAAGGCAUUUUGUCAGGGGAAGGAGUUGAUCGAGAAGUGGCAGCCUAUUUGAUAGAUCAAUAAUCUGGACAUUAUCAUAAUGUUCCCAUAACUAAUUAUGUAUAGAUUUGUCAUCCUGCAUUCCAUGAGGCUGAGGAAUACAAGUAAUUUUAAUACGAGAAAAUCCCCAUUAAAGAAGGAUCUUUUCAAUUGUAUAUAAAACAUGACGAUAAUGUUGGCAAUUUUGGGAGUGGGUUGUAUCCAUCUAUUGAAGCAAAAAAAAUAGCCAUCUUAGAUAUCAGAAUACUAAAUUGUGAUAGAAAUGAGGAGAACAUUUUAGUUAGAAAAAAAAAAGUCAAUCAACCAAUUGGACAAACUAGAUAAGCGUAUGACUACUUUCUUAUACCUAUUGAUCAUGGAUACACAUUUCCAGAUUCUUUCAAAAUAUGCAGAGAUGAAGUAGUAUGGUACCAUUGGGGUCAGAUGACUCAAGCAUUUACUUAAGAGGAGAAAAUUUUUAUUGAGAAGAUUGAUCCAAUCAAAGAUAUAUAAAUUUUGAGAGAGAAGGUCAAAUUAAGAGAAAUCUGUUUGAGGAAUGCUAGGAUAGCUACGACUUUAUUAAAGCUUGGUGCAUAAGCGGAUUUGACCAUCCACGAUAUUUCUGAAAUAUUAUAUAGAGAAGAUCCGGAUGAAUUAUCACCUAUUGAAAUUGCUAUUAGUAAAGCUGAACACAAUUACGAUAAUAAUAUAAGAGUGCCAAAAGGAUAUUCAAAUUUUAAAGAAAAAAUAUUUUCAAAUAAUUUAAUUUAAAAAUCUUUGGAAUUUGAUUAAUCUAAGUUAUAAAAUGAACAAAAACCUAAAAUAGGACAACCUUUCAUAAAAUUGGAGAUUAUCAGAGAUGAGGAUGAAAACAAAGAGAUUAAGAGAGAUUAAAUAAUCAAAAAUAAUUAAUAGAAUUCAGACAAAAAGUUAGCUAGGGUUGGUUCUUAACAAGAAAUCAAGAAAUGUCCUAAACCUAUUGAGAAGGUAUGGAAUGAAGAUUUCUACUCGCAUGUGACUUUCUUCUUACAACAAAUUAUUGAUAGUAAGUUACAAGAAAAGUCCCAAUCUCCUCGUAAAUACAGAGCUAGAUACAUAAGUGAAGAAGUCAAAUGA